CUCGCGUAUAUAUAUUAUUGAUUUUUUUUUUGGUGUAAUUUCUGUUCUUGCAGAGCACGCCAUUGGGUAGAACAUGGCGAAAGACGAGACCCCGACAAGCGACGACGCUCGGCCAUGGCAAUCUUACCACACCGUAUACACCAAUGCCAAGGCUGGUAUGGAUGGAGUGGACAAGGAGAAAGUACAACGAAUAGUGUAUGAAAUGAGCCAAGGGUCGAAGUACUUUGAGAACGAGGAGCGCAAGGAGGCUUUUAUAAGGCAGAAAAUAGAAAAUAUGCGAGCUCGGUGUGCCAAGCUUAGUGCCGAAGAUAUAUCUCACUUUCAGAUGGUUGCAGAAAAAAGAAUUUUAGAGUUAGAAGCUGCAAGAAACUUGUCAAGAAUUUGGAUACAUGUGGAUAUGGAUGCUUUUUAUGCAGCAGUAGAAACAUUAAGCAAUCCUUCGUUGAAGGGGAAGCCCAUGGCUGUUGGCAGUAUGUCCAUGAUCUCCACAGCUAAUUAUGAGGCUCGGAAGUUUGGAGUUCGAGCUGCAAUGCCUGGUUUUAUUGCUCGUAAAUUAUGCCCUGAGUUAAUUUUUGCUCCUACGGAUUUCAAGAAGUAUAAUUAUUACAGCGACUUAACGAGAAAAGUUUUCCAGAAGUAUGAUCCUAAUUUCAUGGCUGCUAGUUUAGAUGAAGCCUACCUCGAUGUAACUGAGGCCUGCAAAGAAAAGGGCAUUACUGGUGAAGAAAUUGCGGAAGAAAUCAGAGCCAACAUAUUUGAAGAGACAGGUCUUACAUGUAGUGCUGGAGUUGCAGCAAACCGUCUACUUGCCAAGGUUUGCUCUGACAUAAACAAGCCAAAUGGGCAGUUUGUAUUACCAAAUAACCGGGUGGCUGUGAUGACAUUUAUAUCUUCACUUCCUAUACGAAAGAUUGGAGGCAUUGGUAAAGUCACUGAACACAUUUUAAGGGAUGCUUUAGGAAUCAAUACAUGUGAGGAGAUGUUGCAAAAAGGCAAUUAUAUCUGUGCCCUAUUUUCUCAAUCUACAGCAGAGUUUUUUCUCUCCGUGGGACUUGGGCUUGGAGGGACAGAUACACCUGAAGUCAGGUUGCGAAAAAGUAUUAGCAAUGAGAGAACAUUUUCUGCCACAGGGGAUGAAACAUUGCUUUAUCGCAAAUUAGAGGAACUUUCAGAAAUGUUGUCGGCUGACAUGCAAAAAGAAGGUCUUUGUGGCAGAACAUUGACUCUUAAACUGAAAACGGUAGCAUUUGAGCUACGAACAAGAGCCGUAUCUUUGCAAAAACACAUUUGCUCAAGUGAAGAUAUUUUAAAGCAUGCAUCAAAGCUGCUAAAGGCUGAAUUUCCUAUUUCAUUAAGGCUGAUAGGCUUGAGGAUAUCUCAUUUAAAUAUAGAGAGGGAUGGUGCCCUACUUGAUCCUACCCAGAAGACUCUGACCAACUUCUUUGUAUCAGGAGAUACUUCUAGCAAAGAUGUGGAUGGCCAAAGAUCCUUUGGCCUUGACACAAUUAAUUUCUUAAUGAAUAAUGAUAAUUCUGAUUCUUUUAUUGGCGAACAUGAGACACAUCAUACUCAUAGUGAUGUGGAUGACAAUGAUAACAGUACUCUCAGCAGUAUUGCAGCUCAAAUGGAGAAAUUUCAUAAUUCUUCAAGUGAUGUUACUGCAUACAAGGUUGAGGGCACCAGUUGCCCAAACAGUGUGACUAAUGGAGCAAAUUUCCUGGAGGCAGAGGUAGGUUCUUCAAUGGGUCAAAGAGAGUUAUUUUUAUGGGUAAAUGACUACAAGUGUUCAUUAUGUGGGAUAGAGAUGCCACCAGAUUUUGUUGAGGAAAGACAAGAGCACUGUGAUUUUCAUCUAGCCGAGAAGCUUCAGAAAGAGGAAUCUGGCUCUGGGUUUAGAAAUUCUACUCCGAAGCAUAGAGCUGAACAAAAGGAUCAAAUUUCAAGCCCAAGCCAACGCAAGAAGGGCAGGAUGUCUUCAAAAGAAGGCAGGCAUAUACCAAUAGAUGUGUUCUUUGUGAAGAGCAAUCAGAACUUUUGACUCUUUUUUUUCUUUUUAUUUCUGCUAGUCUUGUACAUAUUUCUGUGUCACCGAUUUUACCGCAGUCUCUAAAUAAUAUUGUCAAUGUGAUUGUAAUACUUUAGUGCAAACAUGUAGAAUGUAUUUUUUUUUCUAAAAAAAAAACACGCAGUUGAGUUCUAAUUUGAACCCUCAAUUAAUAAUUUUCUUGAUUA